AUGUGGAUUCAUAAUGGGGAGGGAAGAAGCAUGUCCCGUUUGUCUCUAACACGGUCCCCGGUUUCUCCUCUGGCUGCUCAAGGAAUUCCUCUCCCAGCGCAACUCACCAAGUCGAACGCUCCUGUGCACAUCGAUGUAGGAGGACACAUGUACACCAGCAGCCUGGCUACCUUGACAAAGUACCCAGAUUCCAGAAUAAGUCGCCUGUUUAAUGGCACAGAGCCUAUUGUCUUGGACAGCUUAAAACAACAUUAUUUCAUUGAUCGAGAUGGUGAAAUUUUCCGAUAUAUAUUAAGCUUCCUAAGAACAUCUAAGCUACUGCUCCCAGAUGACUUUAAGGACUUUAAUCUUUUAUAUGAAGAAGCAAAGUAUUACCAGCUGCAGCCAAUGAUUAAGGAACUUGAGCGAUGGAAACAAGAGAAAGAACAAAGGAAACAUUUCCAGCCUUGCGACUGCUUGGUCGUAAGAGUGACUCCCGAUCUGGGGGAGAGAAUUGCAUUGAGUGGGGAGAAAGCUUUAAUAGAAGAGAUCUUCCCGGAGACUGGGGAUGUCAUGUGCAACUCUGUGAAUGCCGGCUGGAACCAGGACCCUACCCAUGUUAUCAGGUUUCCUUUGAAUGGAUACUGCCGGUUGAACUCAGUGCAGGUGCUCGAAAGAUUAUUUCAGAAGGGAUUUAAUGUGGCAGCUUCAUGCGGUGGUGGGGUGGAUUCCUCUCAGUUCAGUGAAUACGUGCUGUGUCGUGAGGACAGACGACCACAACCCACCCCAACAAUCAGAAUAAAACAGGAACCCCUGGACUAGACCCUACCCCUGCUCCUUUGUAACCGUAGAAGUGUUUAGUAGUCCCUGAUGUGAAACACUAAGGAUUCGCAAAACAGUAUUAGCAAACAGAUUUUGACUUUUAAGUUGCCAAUUAGUGGUAUUUUGAAACUACCUGUCACAUAGCCAGCCAUGAAAUGCAUUUGAAAAACUAGUUGUCCGUUCUUCCCAAUGGAAUUCCUGAGUAUGCUCAGCAUACCGGGCCUGCUGGGGAUGUACUUUGGGCUAAACAGCGGUGGUGGUGGCGGAAAAGGCAAAGCUUCAUCAAUCCCUGACCCUAGGUUGGACUUGUGAAAGAGCAAUUAAAGCAAUUUGAAUAGAUCA